GCCAGUUACCAGGGUACUCUGCAAACGCAAUCAUGGCGCUUGUUGCUGUGCAGAUUUCAACACUGGCGAACUUCAAAAACAACAAACAAAAGUUAAUAUCGAAGUUAAGUAUUACACAAGUAUCGAGCAAAGUUUUAUCUUCAAAAUAUUUAAUUAAAUCGGUCUUUGAUGUGGGAGCGAAAAAUAUAUGAGCACAAGCAAAUAUAUAUUUUCGUUUUUGAAAGAAGUUGGUCAUAUAUAGAGACCCCCUUACUUUUGAGCGGUAAGGUUGUUGCUAUGCAAAGCUUCACGGCUGUAACUGAGUGGCAGAGAGCAGGUUAAAAGCUUUUAAGGUCACAUCGAUCCCGAUCCUUCAUAUUUGCGCUGUCUCGCACAUUCAGCGUGCACGCGCACACACAUAAUAGCCAUACUUGUACACAUAAUGCAAUAAAGGUCUAACCAGUAGUGUGUUGUUUCAAACUUCAUUCCUAUUACCUAUGGGCUGGUAGUUGACAAAUUACUGCAAACAUGGUGUCUCCCAAAGAAAACAAUGUCAAAAUUACUUGAUUAUGUUUCGUUUGGUAACAAUUCCGGUUUCCAGUCGUAUGGAUUUAGAUUUAUUAGAUGUCAUCAUUUAUUCACUCUCAUUCCCAGCUUUAUUUCACUCAAAAGUAAAUGACCGUUUUGGUUGUUUUUCAUAGUAUGAACAUGAUGCAGUGAAAGUGAAUGUCAGCCCAUAACAUUCUGCCUAACAACUCUAUUUGUGUUCCACGGAAGAAAGAAAGUCAUACGGGUUUGUCACAAUACGAGGGUGAGUUAAUGAUGACAGGAUUCUCGGGAUUUUUUUGUUUUGUUUUGUUUUUUUUUUUUGGCUGAGUUAUCUCUAAUAGUUGGUCACUAGAGGUCGCCGUUGAACUAUCCUGGAAAUAAUAUUAUAAAAAAAAAGCAAGUAAGAAAAAAACUUCCUCUUUCCACGUCAUAUCCUGUUAGCUUAGCAUAUAGGGGAAUAAAAAUGACCUCCGUUGAUUUGUAGCACAAAUAACCCCGUUUGACACUUAAAUAGAGUAUAACCAUCUUAUUUAACUCUGGGUAUUGUUGUGAGAGAAAUAGCAUAAUGGCGUCUUUAUUUUCAUGCUGUUUGGGCUGUUGCGGAGACAAUAACAGUGGCCACGUAACACUGAAGGAAAUGCCCACGGUUCAGCUGGACACUCAUCACAUGGGUACUGAUGUUGUCAUUGUAAAGAGUGGAAGACGUAUAUGUGGAACUGGUGGGUGCAUUGCAAACGCCCCUCUCCAUCAAAACAAAAGCUACUUUGAAUUCAAGAUUCAGUCUACAGGUGUGUGGGGAGUAGGAGUGGCAACUAAGAAAGCGAAUCUAAACCAGAUCCCUAUGGGUAGAGACCCUCACAGCCUUGUGCUCAGGCAUGAUGGCAACGUAUACCACAACAAUGAAGAAAAGAACCGAUUACCUGCUAACAGCUUACCACAGGAAGGAGAUAUUGUGGGUGUUACGUAUGACCAUGUGGAGCUGAAUUUGUACUUAAACGGAAAGAAUAUGAACUGUCCUGCAUCAGGCAUUAGAGGAACUGUUUAUCCUGUAGUUUAUGUGGAUGAUAGUGCAAUAUUGGAUUGUCAGUUUAGUGACUUCUACCAUACUCCUCCACAAGGCUACCAGAAGAUUCUUUUCGAGCAACAGAUCUUCUAAAGUUCAUGACGUGUUGUAUAUACACUAAGGAUAUGUAUUCCACAGCCGGGAUCUGGAGUGCUAUGGUUAUGAAUGAUUUCUAAAUAUUGCGUGUCUCAUUUGAACUCAUGUCAUAUGUGAUUUUGACUUGUGUAAAUCAUCUGGCCACUUCUACUCAGUUUAAAAAGUCCUCCUAUGUUUUUCAGCUGAACUCGGUGAGUGAUAUCAGAUGCACACUUAUCUGCGCACUGAUCUCAAAAUGUAUAUUCAGAACACACAUCUUUAAUUUGCACUUCGUCAAACACUGUACAUUUACUCAUGUAUUAACAGUGCACUAUUGUGAACAUGGAUUUUUGUUUUAUGGCUGGUUUGAAUACAGUCACAAAUUAAAGAUGACAAUCAAAGCUUUAUACUUUAUACAUUUCAAGAGAACAAAGUGAUGCUGACUCAAGAUGCUAAUACUGACUCAAAAUACUGUCAAAGCUCUUUUCUGAUUUCAUAUUGUUAUCGUCUGUCUGAUGUUUAAUCUGCAGCCCAUAUACAUAAUGAUUUUGAGCUCUUCAAAAAAUAUAUAAGUUUAUAUUUUGUGUUCUUCCAUGAUAUGUUGCUUUUGAUAUACAUGGUCUUAUAUCAUUUUUAAAGUUUGUGAACAGCAUUUAGUGACUAAUAUAUUAAGAAGAUUUGACAUGCAAGAGGAUAGGAAGUGUAAAGUUUAUUUACAUAUUUAACAUUUUUACCUAGGGUCAAAUGAUAUCUGACUGUCUGUGUUUGUUAAUUAUGGUUUGUUUAUUUACAAAAUUGUCUUAAUAAACGAAAGAAUAUUGAA